GUUGUGACGUAAAUGUCAUGUCAUUGUCAAAAACGUAUUGUAUUGUUUUGGGGAUUUUUACAAAAAUAAAUCGCAUUUUAUUCCACAAGGGUGUAAUACAAAAUAAUCUAUCGCUAAUUAAUUUUACAAUUGAGUACCUAUUUAGUGAAUAGAAAUAGUCUUCGCGAAGUUUUUUUAACCUAUUUUUUACGUCGAAAAGUUUUCGCAACAAAGAGAUUGAGUCACUACUGGUGUGACUAAAAUACCCUAGCGUUUGUAAAUUUAACUCCAAAAAUGGAUUAUGUUACAACGUUAAAGAUUCUGGUGAUCGGAGAGAGCGGAGUGGGCAAGUCCAGCAUUAUCCUUGCGUAUACCUCUGGUGACUACAACCCUGCAUACCCGGCCACAAUUGGAGUGGACUACAAAUGCAAGGUGAUGGAUGUCAACGGUGUAAAAGUGAAACUCGGCAUUUGGGACACAGCUGGCCAGGAGCGAUAUAGAACAUUGACAUCUAGUUUCUAUAGAGAUGCACAUGGUGCUAUAUUAGUCUAUGACACGUCAGAGCCAAAAACUCUAGCAAAGCUAAAAGAAUGGGUCGAGGAGCUACAAGUUUACACAACAAAGAAAAAUAUUGUUUGUUUGGUUGUUGGCAAUAAAAUAGACAAGCCCCGCGCUGUACCAAGGGAGCAAGGGCAGGCGUUCGCACAGAAACACAGAAUGCUCUUCAUAGAGAGCAGUGCAAAGACACAGGACGGCAUCAAUCUGGCGUUUGAAGAGCUCGUGCAAAAAAUAAUUGAGACUCCGGGGCUCUGGGACACGGGAAAAAGUUCGAAUAUUCGGAUCACGCAAGAACAGCACCAACAACAGCAAGAAGAAUCUUCAUGUUACAACUUCACUUGUACCAUUUAAACUGUGUAAUGUUGGCUUCAUUCUAAAUAUACUUAUAUUUAUUCUGUUCAUACACAAUAGAUUAAUAGUGAUAAAGAAAUGAGACGGUGUAUUUAGGUAGCCCAAUUUUAGUAAUAUACUUCGAAAUUUUGUAUUGGGUAGUAAAACGUGGUGAAAACUUUUCAAAAAGUGAGUUUCGCGCUCACCGAUCCAGCUAAUAACUUCAGAUGGAUCGCAAUUAAACCGCGAUCGUUACGGUAUUUUAUCUCUUCGAAACCUAUCUAUACUAUUAUUAUAAUGAGGUAAGCUUUUGUGUGUUUGUAUAUUUGAGGCGGGUAAUCUUCGAAACUACCGAACCGAUUUAAAAAAUUCUUUCACCAUUAGAAAGGUACAUUAUCCAAGAUUUCUAUAGGCUACAUUUUAUCUCAAAUUCCCACGGGAGCGAAGCCCCGGGCAACAUAUAUACGGGCAGUAUUAUAUAAUUUAACUCGAUAUCUCUGUGUGAUAUCGAAGCUGCAAAAAUAGCGGAACAAUCGCGGUUCAACUGCGAUCCAGCUGAAGUUAUAAGCCCGAUGGGGGUCAGAAAUCCUUGACGAGCUUUACAUAGGUUUACGUUGAAAUAUGUAUACCGAUGUUAGAGUGAGGCCAACGUAAUAUUUAUUGUGAUAUCCUUAUGCUUUUGUAAAUAUUAUGUAUUUGUAAUAAAAUUUACACAAUUAAACGGUUUUAUUCAGUU